CAACAACAAAACAUAAAAAUGGCAGCCUUAGGUGGAAAAGGUUGGAAUUAUGUUGCAGGUGUCCCCGAAACAGAAGAACAACAAAAAUGCCGUUUUCAGGUUGAAUUAGAAUUUGUGCAAUGUUUAGGGAAUCCGAAUUAUUUAAAUUUUUUAGCUCAAAGAGGAUAUUUUAAAGACAGUACCUUUGUCAACUAUUUAAAGUACCUCUUGUACUGGAAGGAGCCUGAAUAUGCAAAAUAUCUCAAAUAUCCAAUGUGUUUAUAUUUUUUGGACUUACUUCAGUAUGAACAUUUCCGAAGAGAGUUAGUGAAUGCACAGUGUUCUAAGUUUAUCGACGACCAACAGAUUCUACUAUGGCAACAUUAUACUAGAAGGAGAAGCAGAUUAUUGACAACACCAGUUGCCAACGGUAAUAUGGAACAAAAUAGUGGAAACCAAAACAAUCAGAGUAAUGGACAUAUGAACUCUAAAAUAUCUUAAAAAUUUAAAUGUAGGUGUAUUUUUAAAUAUAGGAUAAUAUAUUGUUAGAACUGCUUUUUAAUGUACCUAUUUUUUACUGGGAUUAAAUUGUGAUCCAAAAAUAAUAAAUUGAUAA